AAUUUCUUUAGAUCUCAUUAAAUAUUUAGUUAUAUUUCAAAUAUAGUUAUAUUUGUAAUUAAACUAAAUAUGUUGUGUCUGAAGAGUUUGUGCAUUUCAUUGCUGGUAAUCCAGACAUUAGUUGAGUCUAAAUGGGUUAGUCCUGACAAUAGUACCGAUGGUUUAAUAAAUUCUCCAUAUCCUGAUAACGAAGCCUAUACUUUUGUAUUGCUUGGCAUUACCGGUGAUUUGUCUCAAAAGAAGUUAAUGCCAACGCUUUUUACACUAUAUAAGGAGGGAUUAUUGCCGAAGAACUUUCAGAUCGCGGGUUUUGCGCACUCGAAGUCAUCGGUUGAGGCCAUUAGGAAACUGGUGGACCCGUAUGUCGUCAACACCCUUAAGAAUGAACACGAGAAGCAACUCUACGAACAGUUCUGGAAGAUUGUGACCUAUAAUUCAGGCGACUCUCAAGCGGACAAAGACUACGCGCCGGUUGUGGACAUCAUUAACAAGUUUGAAGUGGGAAAGACAAAGGGACACCGAUUGGUGUACUUCGCUCUCCCCCCGAGUCUGUUCGCCAAAACAGCCCUUGCAGUCAAACACACCAUUUACUCUAAAACCGGUUGGACUCGACUCGUGAUUGAGAAACCCUUUGGAAGGGAUAGCGAGUCUUCAAAGGAGUUGUCCGACGCUUUGGCCCCAAUUUUUACAGAGAAAGAAAUCUAUCGGAUUGACCACUAUUUGGGUAAAGAGAUGGUACAGAAUAUUCUGGCCCUACGUUUUGGGAACCGUCAGUUGGAGCCGACCUGGAAUAAUGAACACAUCGCUAACGUUGAGGUGCUCUUCAAAGAGCCGUUUGGCACUCAGGGAAGAGGCGAUUACUUCGAACAGUACGCCAUUAUUCGAGAUGUAGUACAAAACCAUUUGCUUCAAGUGCUGGCACUCAUAGCUAUGGAGAGACCAGAAUCUAAUGACGCCGAUAAGAUUCGUAAUGAGAAAUUAUAUGUUUUGCAACAUAUGAAAGACUUAGCGAUGGAGGACAUAGUGUUGGGUCAAUACGUGGCAAAUCCUAAGGGUGUGGGCGAAGCGGCCACCAGUUAUACCGAUGAUCCCAAAGUACCAAAGAACUCGACGGCUGCCACCUAUUCUCUGGUCGCGCUUCACAUCGAUAACGACCGCUGGAGAGGAGUUCCCUUUUUUAUCAGAUCUGGUAAAGCGACUGAUGAGAGCAGAGUUGAGGUUAGGGUUCAAUACAAACCAUUGGCUGAAGACCUGUUCAACGGUCAGGCGAAGCGGGAUAUG